AUGUCUACAGCGUCCAAAGUCACUCUGUUGAGCACAGUGCUGGGCACAGCCGGAAUCGUAGCCUUCGUGCACUGGGCGCAGACCGCCGAACAAGCUGCCAUGCAUGCUGGCGUUGUCCGGGAUAUGGAGCAGCAACGAGUCAAGCGAGAAAGACAAGCGGAUUUUGAGAUGCAGAGACAGCUCGAGGAAGAAUACAAAAGGACACAAAACGUGCGCGACAGCACAACCGGAGCCUGA